UCAGAUCCGUGCUCGCGCACGAGCGGCGAUCGCACGGUCCACCCUCCUCGCGUCACCUUCCCCGACUCCACCACAGCAUUCACAGAAUCCAACUAGCUUCUUUUUCGGGACGUGCGUACCCAUACCGAUUACGGGAGUAGGCCGGCCGUGAAGGCGUUGCAAGCAGAUUCGCUCGAGGCGCGAGUCGUGUGUUCGUCGGGCGAAUCAUACAGCCGGCGAUGAGAGCUGCAGACGUGCACGGCGGCGUUGCUUAGGCCGCGUGGGAUCACAGCCACCAUGCCCACGCCGACGCCAUUCAAGCCGUCUCAGGAGCGCCACUGACGGUCGGCGCCGACCGUGUUAGCCGCCUCGGGGACGACCGCUCCACGCCCGCUUCAUCGUCCUCACGCCGCCUCGAAUCAGAGCCCUUAGACUGGUCCCAGGCGCGAGUCGAAGCCGCCGCACGGCACUGCCAUCCAUGUCGCCGCUGUCCGCCGUCUAAGCCGUCUCGCCGCAGCGCCGGAUGUCGUCGCCCACGGCAGCGGCGACGGUGGCGAGGAGGCGGCGCGGGCCGAGCGGUGCUCGCGCUGCGUCGCCUGCUCCCGGGACUGCAGCGAGGUGGCGACAGCAGCGCGCGCUGAAGGCGGCGCUGCUGGCAGCUCUGGGCGCGGCGUGCUGCGUGGCGCUCCUCCGCGCCGACCUGCCCUUCCUCGCGCCCUCCGCGCGCCCACACGAGGACGCCCGCCUCCAGUUGCCGGCAGACGAGGGCGGCGAGGCGGGGCGCGUGGGCGAGGAUGGGUGGCCGGUGUUUGGGGGGAUGAGGUGGAGGGGGUGUGUGGGGGGCGAGGACGCGCACCACACUGCCAUGGCUGUGCUGAGCUGUGCUGUGCGCGUGGCACGUGCAGACGGGGCGGACGAGGGGGGCUAUCUGAUGGUGCAGCUCGCAGGGGGGCUCAACCAGAUGCGCGCAGGGAUCUGCGACGCGGUGGUGGUGGCGAGGCUGUUGGGGGCGGCGCUCAUGCUGCCGCUGCUGGACAACUCCUCCUGGUGGGCGGACGGCAGCACGUUUUCGGACGUGUUUGACGCGGGGCACUUUGCACGCACCUUGGCCCCCUGGGUGCGCGUGGUGGACCGCCUGCCCUCCGCACUCAGAGGCCGCGCGCCCCUGGAGCGCACCGUGCCGCGCGGGUCCACGGCGGAGUACUACCAGACACACGUCAGGCGCGUGAUGAGGAGGGCGCAGGUGGUGAAGCUGAACCACUUCGACUCGCGCCUGCACGACCACCUCCCUGCCGCCCUGCAGAAGCUGCGGUGCCGGGCCAACUACGAGGCGCUGCGCUUCGUGCUGCCCGUCACUCGAGCCGUGGCCCGCCUCACCCACGCCCUCACCCACCCCGCUGCCCUCGCCGCCUCCGCUGCCAUCUCCACCGACCAUCACGCGGCUCGUGCUGCUGGCGCUGCUGCUGCUGAUGAGGCAGGGGGUGGUGGCGUGGGUGCAGCACAAGGGCAAGGGGGGCAGAGGGAACAGGCGGAGCGGAGGGAUGGGGCAGUCAAGUACGUGGCGAUCCAUCUCAGGUAUGAGCCGGACAUGCUGGCGUUCACGGGGUGCGAGUACGGUGGGGGCGCAGAGGAGAGGGCGCUGUUGGCGUCCAUCCGGCAGCGCUGGGUGAACCUGCCAGCGAUGGACGCGGGCAAGCAGAGGGCCAAGGGCAGAUGCAUCGCCACGCCCUCCCAGGUGGCUCUCGCCCUGCAGGCGCUGGGCUUCCCCCCCUCCACGCGCCUCUACAUCGCGUCGGGUGCGCUCCACGGCGGCCCCGCGGCGCUGCGCCCGCUGCUGGCUGCCUUCCCCUUCACGGCCGACAAGCUCUCCCUCGCACGCUCCCUCACCCCCGCCACCGCCCCCGCGCACACGGGGGGGCAGGCGGACGACGACGAGGAUGAGGGGGAUGGGGCGUGGGGCGGGGGUGGAGAGGUGAGGGGCGGUGCGGAGGGGGGAGGGGCGCUGGCGGGGGUGGAGGGGCGCGCGACGUUGCUGGCGGCGGUGGACUAUGAGAUGAGCCGGAGGGCGGCGGUACUGCUGGCCAACAACAACGGCAACAUGGCGCACCUGCUGGCCGGCCACAGGAGGUAUGCGGGCGUGGGCAGCACGGUGCUCGUCUUUGGCUCGUCCGUGCACCGCCUCCUUGAUGCCAUCCAGCAAGGGGACCUUGCCGCUUCCCACAAGCUACGCCAUCGCCUGCUCAAGGGCGACCUCAACACUCAAGGAGAGAGCAUCGACAAGGCCAUUGCGAAAGGAGGGUUCUAUGCGUUUCCACAAGAUUGCUUGUGUAGAAUCCAGAGCAGCGGAUAGGAUUUUAGGCAUCCUGAACAGUCAGGGAUAGCCAGUGAAAGCCGUGCCAUGGUCAGUGUUUGCACCUCACGUGCAUGCAUAAUCUGAGGACAUGUCAUUGCUAGCUGGAGGCAGUCGAUGCUUGAACGAGCAUUGGGAGAGAGUUGGGAGAGAGUUGGGAACGAGAGCAUCUAUGGUAAUCCCAAACCGCCGCUUGAGCAGCUGUGCUCCUGGUACUCCGUCCGUAUCAGACAACCUCUGCACGUCAUCCUUCCCCUUGGCCUGGAACGCCUGGCUCAGGGUUGGUACAGGAACCUUUUGUCGAGAAGUUAGGCUAGGUAGGAAUAGGUGAAGCCAUGAAUAUGGCGUGAGAUCUGGAUCUAGGUG